UCACUGCGCGCUGGGUAGCGUUCUCGGUGCUGUUUUGGAAAGUCCCAUCCCGGCUACCGUCGAUUCACACCGAGGGAUUUAUUAUUAUUAGUAUUAUUAUUGUUAUUGUUAUUUAUCUUUCCCACCUUUGUUACUCGGCUCGGAGGCUGCGAGGCCAUAGUUCAUUUAAAGAUCCCAAACUCCCCCACCUCCCACUCCAUCGGGGUGCUGUUAAUCUGCCAAUAUGAAUCUUUUCAACCUGGAUCGUUUUCGCUUUGAGAAAAGGAAUAAGCUUGAGGAACCUCGUGAGACCACCCCCCAGCCAUCCCAGCCCCCCCAGACUUCCCAGCCCGGCCCUUCUUCACCAAUUUCUCUUAGUGCUGAAGAGGAGAAUGCUGAAGGGGAAGUUAGCAGGGCAAACACCCCCGAUUCAGAUAUAACUGAGAAAACAGAAGAUUCUAGUAUUGCAGAACCUCCAGAUAAUGAAAGAAAAGCGAGUGCAUCAUGUUUGAAGAGUGAAAGAGGAAUACAGUAUAUAGAUUUAUCAUCCGAUAGUGAAGAUGUUCUUUCCCCAAAUUGCUCCAACAGAGUGCAGGAGAAAAAAUUCAACAAAGACACAGUGAUUAUACUUUCUGAACCAUCUGAAGAUGAAGAUUCCCAAGGUCUUCCUACCACGGCACGAAGAAAUGAUACUUCAGAAGACCCCUCCGAAUUGGAUGAUAUCAAAGAUGCUAAGCUUCAGACCUUGAAGGAACUUUUCCCACAAAGAAGUGACAAUGACUUACUUAAGUUAAUUGAAACAACAAGCACUAUGGAUGGAGCAAUUGCUGCUGCCUUGCUGAUGUUUGGUGAUGCAGGUGGUGGGCCCAGGAAAAGAAAAUUAUCAUCUUCUUCAGAGCUGUACGAUGAUGAUGAAUAUAACGAAGAUUUGUCUUCCAAAAAGUCAAGACUGGAUCAAGGAGAGGAAUCCAGUGAGUCGGCAGAAUCCAGUAGUAACUGGGAAAAACAGGAGAGUAUUGUCCUGAAACUGCAGAAGGAAUUUCCCAAUUUUGAUAAGCAGGAGCUAAGAGAUGUGCUCAAGGAACAUGAGUGGAUGUACUCAGAAGCUUUAGAGUCUCUAAAAGUGUUUGCAGAAGACCAAGAUAGUCAAUGUGCUUCACAAAGAGAGGUUCCAAAUGGAAAACAAGUUUCUUCAAGGGGUCAGAAUUUGUCUAAAAAUGCAGCUAAAACAAAACUGAAACAGAAAACUUCCAUGAAACCACAAAAUGGUUUUAACAAGAAACGCAAAAAAAAUGUGUUUAAUCCUAAGAAGGUGGUUGAGGACUCUGAGUAUGAGUCAGGCUCCGACGUGGGUAGUUCCCUCGACGGGGACUACAGCAGUGGUGAAGAAGUGGUGGAAGAUGGCUACAGAGGGAAAAUUCUCCACUUCCUGCAGGAUGCUUCCAUGGGAGAACUUACCUUGAUUCCUCAAUGCUCUCAGAAAAAGGCUCAGAAGAUAACAGAACUCCGGCCCUUUAACAGUUGGGAAGCUCUGUUCACAAAGAUGUCCAAAACAAAUGGCUUAUCGGAAGAUUUGAUAUGGAACUGUAAAACUCUGAUCCAAGAACGAGAUGUGGUUAUAAGACUUAUGAAUAAGUGUGAAGACAUUUCAAAUAAAUUGACCAAGCAAGUUACCAUGCUUACGGGAAAUGGAGGAGGAUGGAAUAUAGAACAGCCUUCCAUUGUAAACCAAAGUUUGUCACUCAAGCCCUAUCAGAAGGUUGGCUUGAAUUGGCUGGCCCUGCUACACAAACAUGGACUCAAUGGCAUUCUGGCAGAUGAAAUGGGCCUAGGAAAAACCAUUCAAGCCAUUGCAUUCCUGGCUUACCUGUACCAGGAGGGCAAUAAAGGCCCUCAUCUCAUUGUCGUCCCAGCUUCAACCAUAGAUAACUGGUUAAGAGAAGUUAACUUGUGGUGCCCCACUUUAAACGUGCUCUGUUAUUAUGGUUCUCAAGAAGAGCGUAAACAAAUUAGAUUUAACAUUCAUAGUAAAUAUGAAGACUACAAUGUAAUUGUUACCACGUACAAUUGUGCCAUCAGCAGUUCUGAUGACCGUAGUCUGUUUCGUCGGCUGAAACUUAAUUAUGCAAUUUUUGAUGAGGGCCACAUGCUGAAGAAUAUGGGCUCUAUACGCUACCAGCACCUUAUGACAAUUAACGCAAAUAACCGCUUACUGCUCACAGGCACCCCUGUGCAGAACAACCUGUUAGAACUCAUGUCCCUGUUGAAUUUCGUUAUGCCACACAUGUUUAGUAGCAGUACCAGUGAAAUUCGCAGGAUGUUCUCUUCGAAGCCAAAGUCUGCAGAUGAGCAAAGUAUAUAUGAAAAAGAGAGGAUAGCACAUGCAAAACAAAUUAUAAAGCCAUUCAUUCUCAGAAGAGUAAAAGAAGAGGUUCUCAAGCAACUGCCCCCCAAGAAAGAUCAAAUUGAACUAUGUACAAUGUCAGAGAAGCAGGAGCAACUCUACGUGGGUCUUUUCAACAGAAUGAAAAAAUCUAUCAAUAACCUGGAAAAAAACACAGAAAUGUGCAAUGUCAUGAUGCAGUUGCGGAAAAUGGCCAAUCACCCUUUAUUGCAUCGCCAGUACUACACUGCUGAGAAACUGAGGGAAAUGUCUCAGCUGAUGCUGAAGGAACCUACACAUUGUGAGGCUAAUCCCGACCUGAUCUUUGAAGAUAUGGAAGUUAUGACAGACUUUGAACUACAUGUACUUUGUAAACAGUAUCGACACAUUAAUAAUUUCCAGUUAGACAUGGAUUUGAUUUUAGAUUCUGGAAAAUUCCGAGCUUUAGGACGCAUCUUAUCUGAAUUGAAACAGAAGGGUGACAGAGUUGUGCUGUUUAGCCAAUUUACCAUGAUGCUUGAUAUUUUAGAGGUUCUCUUAAAACAUCAUCAGCAUAGGUACCUCAGAUUAGAUGGAAAGACUCAAAUCUCUGAAAGGAUUCAUCUAAUUGAUGAGUUUAAUACCGAUAUGGAUAUCUUUGUGUUUCUCUUGUCAACAAAAGCUGGUGGAUUAGGAAUAAAUCUGACUUCAGCAAAUGUUGUUAUACUUCACGAUAUUGAUUGCAAUCCUUACAAUGACAAGCAAGCAGAAGACAGAUGCCAUAGAGUGGGCCAGACAAAAGAAGUACUAGUUAUUAAAUUAAUAAGCCAAGGAACAAUAGAAGAAUCCAUGCUAAAAAUUAACCAGCAGAAGUUGAAACUAGAGCAGGACAUGACUACAGUAGAUGAAGGCGACGAAGGGAGUAUGCCAGCCGACAUAGCCACGUUACUAAAGGCGUCCAUGGGCCUGUGAAGGGCGAGGUUGACGUCCUGACUGAGGAGGGAGUAUCAACCGGGCACACUCAAGGACAUUUGCAUUAUGAUGACUUGACCAUGGGGCUUAUGAACAUUUGUAACUUUUUAUAAUUUCCAUAUUACAUUUCUCAUAGUAUGGACAAUUUUUUGCCACUAACUGAAUUCUCCAGAUGCUCAGUGAAAUUUCGUAAAAAAAAAAAAAUCCACAAAUACAUAGUCCUGAAGACAUUGAAUAAUCAUUUUACAAAGCAGUUUUCUGAAUGGGGAUUAGUUGGUGAUUGUUUGUAACAAAUAUGCUUAAUGCUUUAGAAAUGUCAGUAUUUUUGUAAUUAUUUCUACCUCCAAAUAUAUAUAUAUAUAUUGUCUCUCACUGGAUAACGUGUGUAGAUUUUUACAUGUGCCUUAUUUGACAAUGCUUUUGUCUUGUUUUUGCUUGUAUCAUUUGAAGUUUUUUAUGAUGUUAGUUUAAACUGUGCAGCACUGUAGGUCAUAUAGCCUUUUUUUUUUUUUUUUUUUUUGGAAGCAGAUGUUCACCAAUGUUAGCAAGAAUUCAGCGUGAAUUUAAAGGUGGCAUUCCACCCACUAACUUCCCCCAGGUCCUCUCUGUACUUCUGUUAGAACGCAUUUGUUUGGCUCAGCAGCGUGCUGACUAAAGAAGCUUUUACCUUGCUCCAUGGAUUAAUUCCUUCUGUUUAUUUCCCAACUGCGCUAGGGUGCGCUUUAACCCUGCCUGUCUUUGUGCAUGUUUUUUUGUUGACUUCCUUCUCCUGGCUUUUGGUUCUCUCGAAACUGUUGUCCAGUCACUUCUCCAGUUCUCUGAGAUACUUCUUAUUAUCAUAUAUUCACAGACCAAUGAAAUGUUAGGCAGAACAGUUGCUUCCUAGCAGACUGGGUGUGACUUUGUAUUGAGGCAGCACUAGGUACCGUAUGGAGAUAGGUCACUAAAAUUCCUAGGAAAAUAUGAUUUCACAGUUUCUAGGACUUCCAGUAACAGGACCACCUAAUGAGAGAGCCGUUGUUCAAUUCCAAGUAAAUGUGGGUGACAAAGUGAAAUUUAGAAGAUGUAAAGAAAGUUGUCUAGUCGAUAUUUAACUCUUUACUAAAACUUUCUUUAAAUUUUUGCCUGUCAGUCUAUAUUGCUGUUUUUAUUACACAUCAGUUUCUUUGUGUAACUUGUGAGUUUCCAUGUGUUUUAUUUGUAUAUGUAAAUACCAUUAUAAAUAAACUUAAUUUAUAAAUCAAGGAUGUGUUCAUUAUUGGAGCUCAUACUUUAGAAAGGACAUCCUAGCCUGAGAAGAUGUUAGGUAAACCCUCUCAGCUUACAAGGUGACUGAAGAUCUCACAGUGAUUUCUUUCGAUGUUACUGACUGAAACUCCUGCAUCAGAAGACUUCUUGAAGGUGUACUGAAUACAUUUAUACAUUUCAACUUUACAGGGCUAAAAGGAAUUGCAAAUGUCAAUACUACCUCCAGCUGCAGCACAGUACCCGAAUCGCUUAGAUCCAUUGUUGAAAAUACUGCCUUUCAAAGUCACAUGGUGGAUUUCUCCCAACGCUACUGUAUUAAUGUACCUUCAAGAAUAGACUACUUUUGUUGUUGUUGUUGUUGUUCUUGGCGGCUGUCAUAACCAUAUUUUCUCUAAUGAAAUGUAAUUGGGUUCUCCCUGUAAUGCUCUAUUAAUGUCUCUGGUUUAAUAAAGAUAUUUGUGAUCAUAAA